ACAGGUUCACUCUACCAAUUGCUCUCCCAAUCUACCAAACCCUCGCCUUCGCUGCCCCCUCUCCAGCGUCACCAUCACCAUCACCAUCAUCAUCAUCAUCAAUCUCUUCUUCUCCCAUCCAUACUUGCUGUUAAAAUCAUCUGGGUCACCAACAAAUCCCGACCAAUAAUCCAACUCAUCGCCCGAUCCACACGUUGCUCUUUCGCGCGUAUCGUGCAAGCGAGCUCGUCUGCUGUUGGCCUCCCCUGCCCGCAUUCGCAUCGCUCGGACCCUCGAUCUCCCUCACCACCAGAACACCUUGGCUCUCUAGUCCCAUCGCCGCUUGUCCCCCGCCCUGGCCUUUACCUCAAUCAACCACAGGAAAAACGAAGAAAGCCCCCCAGUCUAGAUCAAUCGCGCGCACUGCCUUCCCGCGCUACCACCCAGGCCCCUCCAACUGGUUCCUCCGCCCGUGGUUUUCGGUCCAUCGCCAGCCCUUCUCCGCCCGCACUGCCCGCCCAUCCUACCGUAUUUACUUCUCCCACUCCCUCUUGCCACCCACCUCCGCUCUAUACCCUCCUCGCUGGGUACCACCAUCUCAGUCUGAUACGCCUACUGCUACUAAUAUCUAUUGUUAAUACACUCCUCCCGACCAUUCCUUCUGCCCUCUCCCAGCACUUCCUUUCAUCAUCUGCUGUUCAAUCAGCCAUCUACUGUUCGUGCCGACUCUCAACCAGUGGCCCCGCCGCCACUCACUUUCGCCACACCUUAACGUCGACCACCUCGACAAUCAAGCUAGUAUUACGCAUACUGAAUCAUCGUCUGCCUCAUCAUCGCCAUUCUUCAACAUGCCAGCCGAAAGGAGGCCAACCUACCCUACCCUGGCGAAGCCUAUGAAGACGGAGCGUACCCAUGAAGAGAACCAGGAACGCGCCUACAUUGCUGCAUCGCGACGGAGCGACCGCAGUCUGGAAGCGCGGAUAGAGUCUGCUCGUCGCGCCUCUGAUAUCCACAAGAAGCGUACUGGCCGCGGCUUGCGUGUCACCGAGCAGGAUGUCAUUAAUGAGGAGAUGUACGAGGAGGAAGACGAUGAUUUGCCUACUCAGUAUCAACGUCUCAACGCGCAUCUGCAUACUUCAUCACAAGUCUUCAACAAGAAGCUUCAAGACUACAUUGCCGCCCAGACAGGUGUUAGGCACAUGUUCAUGCAGCAGCAAUUUCCAGAUCCAAACCCGCAGCAGUACGCUGCCCACCAAUUUCAGCAGAAUGGGCAGAUGCCCAUGAUGUAUCAGCCCAUGUAUCCUUCUCAGAGCUUCAGUCCUACCACGCCGACAUUCAUCCACUCCGGCGUGUCAUACAACCCACAGCUGUUGCAGCAGCAUCAGAGCUUCAGGCAGGCUCCUUAUAGCAUUCCUUCCCGGAACAAAAUGCACCAGCGCUCCGCAUCCGUUACCACACCUUUGGCCAUGCCCAGCCCAGGCAUGCCCCUGCAGCAAGUCAAGCCAACCGUCACCACGCCAGACGCAGAUGUCAAUCGGCGCAUGUCCUUGCCGCAGAACAUUACUGAGCCGCAACCUGCGGCUGGUGAGGCACGCCCUUCGCUCUCAAGAGCAUCUACCGGCAAGGGUGUCCAAAAGUCAGCAGUUACUGCGGACAACACCCAAAAUGCCUCAACGACGACACCGAAGUCGGAUCAAGCGAAGACGCCAGUCAAGUCUGAGCAUACCACACCCACAGAUUAUCAGUUCCCCCAGUUGCCCUUUGACCCCAGCUCGCAAGUUUUCAACAUGAGCCCCUUUGCUCUGUCCUUGCCACCCGAGUCACAGCAAAUGGUGGGCCCUGCGCUUGACCCUCAAGACCCCCGCACCCGCCUUCUUAUGGAGGGGAGCGAGAACUUGGCUCAACCAAACAUGGGUACCUAUACCUACAACCCCAAUGUCUCGCCCAAGUCUGCACGAUCUGGCAAAGGAGCCAACCAGACUCCUACCACGACGCAGAGCUCUGGAAUGUCUCAGACUUUGGCGCCUGAUACAGGCAUAAAGAUGAACACUUCGAUGGAAAACUCUGGUGCCAUCACUCCCACUUUGGGGAGCAUGAAUGACAUGUUUAUCAAUCCUUCGUUGUUUGCCCCCAAUGGUCCCGGCUACUCGGGCUACUUUGAUCCUUACCAGAUGCCCGAUACCAAACUCUUCAACGAUCCAUCAUUCAGCGAGACUUUUGAGGACAGCACGUUUUUGAACUGGGAUUAA